AAAUAGCUUAACUGUAGACACUAAUAUGUGGAAGAUCGUGGUGUGUGCAUUCGCAGUGGCGUCGGUCUGGCCAUGUGUGCAGAGCGCACCACGGAUAGUGAAUGGCACCAGUGUCGACAUCGAGGACUACCCCUGGAUGGCGUCCAUUCAGUUUGAGGACGGCCACAAGUGUGGCGGCGUUAUUAUCAGUGAGACUUGGGUGCUGACCUGUGCAGAGUGCGUACAGAAGUUCGAUCCCUCGUACUACUUCGUACGCGUUGGCACAUCCAUACGGGAUACUGGGGGCAUUCUCUACAACGUCACCAAAACCGCCCACAACAGCCACUACAGCUCCACCUCCAUGGACUACGACAUCGGAGCAGCGCAGAUACUGGGCACCUUCACCUUCAAUGAGAAAAUUCAGCAGCCCAUUCCGUUGACGACAGUGGAGCCUGAGGCCGGCACGCUGGUGUCCAUAACUGGCUGGGGCACGGUCUAUAGCGGCAGCUACCUGGCAGACCAGCUGCAGAUGGUGGAGCUCUACAUCGUGGACCGGGACGUCUGCAACGACGCUUACGACGGGCUGGGCAAGGUGAGCGUCCGCAAGAUCUGUGCAUGGUGGCCGGGCGGUGGCCGCGACCGCUGUGGCCCCGACUAUGGGGGCCCCAUGGUGUUGGAUGGCGUGCUGGUGGGGGUCAUCUCCUCCUGGGGCAACGGCUGCGCCCUUCCCGGCUGGCCCAGCGUCUACGCCAACAUCGCCAACGCCGACAUUAGGCAGUGGAUCAAUGACACCACCGGCGUCUAGAGCCUGCAGCUGCUGCUCUCUCUCUCUUUCGUCUUGGUUACACUAUUUCAGCUUGAGGCGAAUGUAAAUAAAAUAACGCAAAUCAAACAGUAAUA